GUGCCCAACCUCCUCCCCUUCUUUCAACACACACAACCACCCCACCCCCCUGUGGCCUGAGCUGUCCUGCCUCGCCACAAUGGCACCCGCCCCAAAAUAGCUUCCCAUGUGAGGGCUAGAGAAAGGAAAAGAUUAGACCCCUCCCUGAAUGAGAGAGAGAGAGAGAGAAAGAGAAGGAGGGCAGGGGAGGGGAAGAGCGAGCCAUCGAGUGAUCUUUGUCAAGCACCCCGGAAGACUGCGCCAUGGGGCUCAGCGACGGGGAAUGGCAGUUGGUGCUGAACGUCUGGGGGAAGGUGGAGGCUGACAUCCCAAGCCAUGGGCAGGAGGUCCUCAUCAGCCUCUUUAAGGGUCACCCUGAAACUCUGGAGAAGUUUGACAAGUUCAAGCACCUGAAGUCAGAGGAUGAGAUGAAGGCAUCUGAGGAGCUGAAGAAGCAUGGCGCCACUGUGCUCACUGCCCUGGGUGGCAUCCUUAAGAAGAAAGGGCAGCAUGAGGCAGAGUUGAAGCCCCUGGCACAGUCGCACGCCACCAAGCACAAGAUCCCCGUCAAGUACCUGGAGGUCAUCCGGGUGCCAUCGUGCCACGAGAGUACAAAGAACAAAGGAAAAACACACAAAUUUAUUCCUUACGCAUCUGGGGUGGUCCUCACUGCUGCGUCUGAUCUCCGUUGGCUGGAGCCAGACCUCACAAACUAAAACCCGACUGGCUAG